AUGCCCACAGACGUAACACCAAAAGACAUGUCGGUUGUCACUCUGUUGCUUUUUUUCUUUGACUCUCGGACGCGUCGCCUCGUCUCGCCUCACCUUGCCCUUGCCCUUGCCUUGGCUAAGGCUUGCCCCGGCCCCGGUGCCCUUUGCUCUCGUCAUCGGGACAGCAAACCGACAGCAACCCAACCCAUGGGGCCAAACGUAAGUGAGCAAUGCUGCGUGUGGGUUGGGCCAACCCACGGGUGUGUGGAUCGUGUCGUGCGGUCGCCGGGUCCUGUCCAAUUUCGUCGCGCAGAAGAGUGGGAAUCCAUCUCCGCGACGGCCGUCCGUGAGAAGAGACGACAAGGCCAUUUGACAGGAGCAAUCGUGGUGGACUUUGAUGUGCAUGCCGUUUCCCAAACUUUGCUCGAAAUGUUGUUCCGACCGGGCUGGGGAAUGGCUCAUCAAGGUCCAUCAGGCCCAUCUAUGAGACGCAGGAGCGUUCGCGGACGCCACAUCCGUCAAUGCAUGUUACUGCUUGUUGCUUUCCCUGCUUUGCUCGCGAGCCUCGCCCUAGAGACUGACUGUUUGUUGGUUGGGACGGCGGGCUGGCUGGCUUACGCUGCGUCUGUGUUCGUACUUCUCAGUCUGUACGAUAAUACUGAGAGUCCAGGCAAGACAUACCACCACAGCACCACCAUCGACCGGGACAGGGUGACUUGCUUCAAGAUCGGGCUGCCGUUGAUGUUGAUCGCAGGCAAGUCCGAAGAGAGACUCGCUCGGUACACAACUGGGUACCUGAGUCGAACCGGAGGACAACUGGGCGUGUUCGGUGUGGCAGGGAGCGGGUGGGAAAGACAGAAGGGCGCCAAAUCUACCGGCGCCCCGUCGGGCCAUCAACUUGACACAAGAGCCUGUCAGGAAAUACCUGGUUCUGCUUCCCAGAGAUCUCUGAAUCGCCAGCCAGACGCGCUAGGGAGAUCCAAGAGGUUCCGACAGCGCGGCAACCGUGGGGCCAUGGCUCAGCGAGCACUUCGUCCAAACUUGCCCAACCCCGGCAUGCGUGUGGCUACCAGUACGCUAACUGGCGUACCUGCGUGUUGCCCAUCACCUUCACCCUCCAAGAGUCUUGGCAAAUCUCCAAUCCACCUUGAUCCAGCGAGGCGGGACUUUUGGCGUGUCUCAGUUGCCAUGCCUUGGGAUUGCAGGUGCAUGCUGAUUGCAGUCCGCUGGAUGCAGCCGGUACUCGAAGCCGGCAUCAAACUGCAGAAUGAUCCUAGGAUGCCCAAUGCGCUAGCAAGGAGUGACGACGCCUUGGAGCAAGGAGAGAGAAGGGAUAGAAAGCAGAAAAGCUGGUGUCUAGAAGUUGGUGUGCGCAGAUGCAAGAUUGGUUCUGAUUGCCUCCUCGACAACGGGGAAAUUGGAGAACGGCAGUUCAGUACAGUCGGUUGGUUCGUACGUACGCCCGUACGAGAUGACAUUGGCAGAACCAACGCAACGCAACGCAACUCUUGUCCAACCCGCGAUCUGCAAAACAAGGAGUUUGCCUGGGACAACUUGCUUAUUUUCCCUUUGCUUUCCCGGCUUCUACAUCCCGCCACCUCGUCCAAACACAUAAGCAGUGCUGCAGUUACGAACUUAGGGCGUGUAAAAGCCAAAGGGGGCCACACGGUAGACCAGAGAGCAGCCACACUCCGGGAUGCGGCUGCUGCGGCUGCGGCUUUGGCCACUCGAGUCACGGUGCAGACGCUGGCCGCCGCCCGACAAACAGCGAUUACCCGGUGA